GAUAAAUCUAGAAAAACACAUCAAAAACGCUUUCCGGCUUUUCCUGCGAUCGUCAUCCAGUAUAUCCUUUAGAAAUGGCCGUUUUUGUUAAAAUAUUUGAUGGAACGCAAAUGUGUUGCAAUCUUCAAGAUGUCAACCAUGGUCUCGAGUGUUUGAUGAAGAAAAUCUGUGAAGAAAAGAAAUAUCCAAAACAAGACUUGCAGUUUUACUAUAAUGGCAGGCUUGUCCAAGAGGAUGAGAGGCUACAAGAGAAUGGGACCUACCAUGUUACCUUGGCUCUUCGGGGUGGAAAAGGAGGAUUUGGUGCUAUGCUGCGGAUGAUUGGUGCUCAAAUCGAGAAGACAACAAACCAUGAAGCAUGCCGUGACCUCAGUGGGAGGAGGAUGAGAGAUGUAAACAAUGAAAAAAAACUGCAAUCAUGGAUUGAGAAGAAACAACAACAGGAGGAAGAGCGUCAAAAGAAGAGGAGAGAUAAGCUGGAGAGGAUGCGUUCUACCCCCAAGCACUACUUUGUUGACCCAAGCUAUGACCAACAGAGAGAAGCUGUAACCGAUAGCCUGGACGAAGCAGUGACCACAGGUAUUGAUGUGGCUGGUUCCAGUAAAAGUGAAGCGUCUUCCUCUGGAGGCGUUAAGAGGAAAACUGAUACAGACAGUGAUGAAGAUGAUGAUGAUGCUGAUGAGGCUGAAUUCAAGAAGCACUGCAUGUGGCUUGGCAUUGAAGGAGGUGAGGAAGAAGACGACGAUAUGGAGGAUGACAAGAAAGGUGAGGACAUCUCAGAAAACACAUCUGCUCCAUCGACAUCAACAUCAUCAUCAUCCUCCGCAUCGCCUAUUGAAGGAGAAUCAGGAGCCAAGACACCCACGGGAGAGGAGAAUGCAGAAACCGCUACUGAGACAACUUCUUCUGGUUUCAAGACCCUUCUGAGCAGUCUUCCUCCACCAAGAAUGGGUACCUCUUCAUCCACAACAACGGAAGAAGUGCCCAUCAACCUUGACGAUUAUUCAUCCGUGGAAGACCUAGAAGAACUUGGCCUGGAUCGCCUGAAAAGUGCCCUGAUGGAGAGAGGAAUGAAAUGUGGAGGUACCCUGCAAGAAAGAGCCCAGAGGCUGUACUCUGUGAGAGGACUUGAACCGUCUGAAAUAGACCCAUCACUCCUUUCUAAGGGAGCAAAAGGGAAGAAGGGAAAAAAGAAAUGAGCAGAGACUGAUUGAUGAUAAGCACCUUACAAUGCAGGUAUAUGGAAAGAGUACAGACGUCACCUGUUUUUUAAAUUAAGAAGUCAAUAAAUGCUGGUAAAAAGGAAGCAACAACAUAUAUAUCACAUUGUGAAUUAUUGGACGCCAGUUAAUCAUGGAGUGUUUUUAAAGGAGAUCAAUUUUUAGUAUGUUAUGUUUUUAUGAAUCAUUUUUUCACAUGAAUCAUUUUUAUACAACAUUCCUGGAACAAGUCAUGAAUAUUUUACUUCAUAUGACCGAACCAAGAGAAGAGAAUCCCCCAUUUACCUACUUUUAGGUGAACUGUUAAUACAAACACUUGACAUUUUUGCUUUUUCUUACAUUUUAAAACUCUGUUGGAACAUUAAACUUUAAAAACAAUAUAUAUUCCUUCAUGCAGUAUCUGCUCUGGCACCAUACAAUACUUAGCCUAUCUUUGUGCAGUGAUUUCUAAUAGUCAAGAAUAUCCUUGAUGUUUUGUCAGUUUAGAGAUGUAACAAAUUUUGGUUGUAAAUAAAGUAAGAACAUUUACAUUAUGGCUGAUCUGUGUAAACAUGUACCAAAACAUGUGUGGAGUAGUGUAAUAUUUCACUUGAAAUUUCUCUUUAACUUACCUAAUGGCGGAUUCAGCUUUUAUUGAAAACACAAUUUGACAACUACAAGACGUAUGGAAAGAAGGGGGGGGGGGAAUAGUUGUCCUGUAUCUAGACAACUAGCCCCCUUUAAGCAAUUACCUCCAUAUAAAAAAAUUGAAAUCACCUCUUGUACGUCAAUAAAUGAAAUGGAUCGGAUACAUGUGUGGUAGUUAAUAUUUCACAUUUACAAUUUUGGUCGUGAAAAUUUUAGAAACGAAUUAAUUGUACUUAAAAGAUACAUGUAUGUUUGGGACUAUAGCAUGAAAGCGUACAUUACUAUUCAGGGGGUAAGAACAUAGGGUAUCAUAAGAUUCUUAUAAAAUCAACAUCAGAUGGGCAAAUCUCAUUUCAAAGUUUCAGUAACAUUCUCAUUCCUUUGCUCAUCAAAGGGAAGUCUACCCUGAUAAUAAGUUGGUUUUAACAAAAGCAGAUUUUUUUUUCUCCCUCUGGCGGCAAGUGUCCUAGAAUCACUGAAGUGAAUGUAAAAUUAUUAGACAAUUUCAAGCAUGUUUCUCUUUUAUUGCUUUGUCAAAGCUUUUUUAUUUUGCAAAUCUAUUUUUGUUCUCAACUUUGAACUUUUCAUAAAUAAUGAUAUAUAUUACCUCAGUAUCAAUGUCUCUUUUGGACAUGUCAAUAAAUAAACUACGUAUUUCAAUAUAC